CGCUCUAGGCCAUAUCGAGGCAGACGACACAGCAAUAUGGCUUCCACCGGUGUAAUCAGUGGCAUCCUUUUCUUCAUUUACUUUUGCUGUUGUAAAGCGAGUUUGACUCCUGUUCCUCUUCUAAUUUGGUCGAGUAAAAGUGUGGAAGUUGAGGACGAUAUCGUUGCUGGUCGAACCUUUAGCUAUGAAGAUAUUCAAACGAAAUAUCUUGACAAACUGAAGAGUCAAUCAAAAACAAUUUGUGUUUUUGUACAAGAUAAAUUGAGUGUCGAUGAUUUUGCCACAAAUUCAGCGGAACGUUUCAAACAUCUAAAGAAGAUUCUCUAUAAAUCACCUACAUCUAUAGUCCUACCCUCAGUAGCAUUGAAGAACGAUUUGGACUACGGAGACAACAAGCUUGCUCGUUAUAUGCGAAGAAAUAUUCCUGGAAACGUUGAAUUAAUUUCUCAAAAUGAACUUGACAAUUUUCCCGAAAGAAUUAAAUCAAUGAAAUCUGACGAACCAACUCUUUUUGUCGUUCACCUUCCUAACAGUAAGAACGGUCCAUUGCGAAAUCUUGAGUUGAGCGAUCAGAUGAUUGGUAAAGUUUCCGACAUUCUUUCGCAUCAUUACGAUGAUUACAUUGCUUUACUUACGGCAGAUAAACCACGUGAUGAUAUUCAAAGUGCAAUGGAUGAUGCACGCGUCUUAUCAGUCUCGCCUUCAAGACAACGUCGUUCCCUUAAUGAUGGUUUUGGUGAUGAUAAAUCUUGUAAUCGGCAUGGAGUAUUUGUUGCCAACAACUCAUUCAUGUUCUAUUUUAAAGAUAUUGUAUUGUUUAAUAAAACACAAGGGCGAAAUGAUUCCUUUCGGCCUAAUGUAAAUAUAAACAUAACGGGCAAUCAGAUCCAAGACUUUCGACAUGAUUCGUACUUGAUUACUGUAUUCCCACUGGAGAAUGUUUUCGCUAACGGAAGCAAGAUUAAGCUUAAUAUGACGUUUAAGAAUGCUGGAUAUCGUUGGUACUGUGUGGGUAUAGGUGUGAAUGGUGUGAUGGGGGGUGAAAGUUUUCAUGAGUAUUAUAACUGUCAAGAUAAAAUUGAUGCUCCAAUUGACAAGUCGUUCUCCUGCCAAGUGAAUGUAGACUUUUGCAAGUUUGACAGCAAUAAGAAAAAAACUUGUUUAGAGUUCGUUGAUGUACAGAUUCAACCGUUUGGUGUACGCAAUCAAAGAUUUGCAAACUCUAUUAAUUGUGUUGGAUUUUUUACUCCACCUAUUUGGAUGGGUUUGAUUACUGUUGGUGUACUUAUCGCUAUUUUAUAUGGUGGUAUGUUGGCAUUACUCAGCAUCAGGUCCCUCGACCGAUUUGAUAAUCCAAAAGAUCCUGCAAUUGUCAUCAAUAGCGAGUGACGUAUAGAUAAUUUAAUCUGUAGUGAAUUCUUUUUAUGUGGUUUGUUUUGUGUUUUGUCUACUUUAUCCCAAAGCAUUGUUACAUAAAAUGGUUCUAUUUAUCCUUUAUUAAUAAUACAUGAUUUCUUAUAUUGAGUUAAA